UUUGGUGAGAGAAGGCGCUACAAACAUGGCGGACGCUGUAGAAAGUGUUUAUAGAGAAAAAGACGAGUUCUGUCAGGAGGCCAAGAGAUCGAAACCCGCCGACAGGGACGGACCAGAGUCUGAGAGUGAAAAUAUUUUAGCUGGAUUUCAAACACCCAACGUGUUGAGCGAUUCUGCCCGGGAGAAAAUCAUCUUCAUCCAUGGAAAGAUUGCAGAUCAGGAUGCUGUGGUCAUCCUGGAGAAGACCCCCAUCAGAGAAGAUACGCUCCCUGAGCUCUUCAGUUGUUCCUCACUCAGACUGGAGACGAGAAACGACAUCUACGGCUCCUAUCGUCUCCAGGCCCCGCCCCACCUAAAUGAGAUUAAGACCACCGUUAUUUAUCCAGCCACAGAAAAGCACGUCAAGAAGUAUCAGCGUCAGGAGAACUUCCUGGUGGAGGAGACGGGAGAGGACUACGAGUCCAUCACGCUGCCUUAUAUUCAGCAGCAGAGUUUGAGCCUGCAGUGGGUUUACAACAUCCUGGACAAGAAGGCUGAGGCCGACCGCGUCGUUUAUGAAGACCCAGACCCAAAGCUCGGCUUUGUCCUUCUCCCUGAUUUAAAGUGGAACCAAAAGCAGGUGGACGACUUGUAUCUGAUUGCCGUUGCUCAUCAGAGAGACGUCAGAAGUCUUCGUGACCUGACGUCAGAGCACCUACCUUUGCUGCAGAACAUCUUCCAGAAAGGAAAGGAAGCCAUCCUGCAGCGCUACAACCUUCCAAGCAGCAAGCUGAGGGUCUACCUGCACUACCAGCCCUCCUACUACCAUCUCCACGUCCACUUCACCAAGUUGGGCUACGAGGCACCGGGCUGCGGCGUGGAGCGAGCCCACCUUCUGUCAGACGUCAUCCAGAACCUCCAGGCCAACCCGCAGUUCUACAAAACCCGAACAAUGUACUUCCCUCUGAGGGCCGACGACGGGCUGCUCGACAGGUUCAGAGAGGCGGGCAGGAUGUGAGAUUCCUCUCACCCGUGGGUUUGGACGGGUGGGCUUAACUCGACGGUGUGCAGAUUAACUAAGUUCUUUUAUUUGGGAUGUGCUUCACAGCUUGAUUAGUAAAAUAUGUUUUUUUACGAUGUUUUGUACAAAAAAUACUUGAAACAUUUUCGAUUGUGUUGGUUUUUCUAUAGUUUUGAAAUUCUAAUAAAUCGUGUGCUUUUCUACAGAAUUAUCCCUUUGAACUUUAAGAACCUCUUUUUGAAAAAAAUUUUUAUAAACCAUGUUUACAUGUUGCAGUAAACUCUUCAUGGCUUAUCCUGCAUUCCUCAUCCGUAUACUGUUAAUGACCUAAUGAUCAAUAAAUAAAUAAAACGCGUGUUGUUGUAAACUCAACACCAGGUGGCAGUGUUGGGCCUUUCUUCUUUAGUUGCGUUCUGCUUGUCCUCAGAAAGAGAAAUAAUCUAAAAUUAUCAUUUUUGCAAAUAAACAAUAAAAUGAUCAAACCUUUAAAA